GAUCUGAGGGCGUGUGUGUCGCGUGGUGUAUGAUUGAAAUCUGCUCUGCUGUGGUGGAAAUCGUUUUAUUCAUUUUUCGACGCCGUAACAUCCUACACCCAAACGAUUUCCAGUAGCGCAGCAGUAAUCUAAGUUAGCUUAUGGUGAGCUUAUCCGGGCAAGAGCGGAUCAAUCGACAGAAUUCCGGCGGUAACAACGUAUAGGCUUAGAAAAGUUAAACCCGAACGACGUCAGUGAACUGAAGCCAACUAAAUGGUCUGUGAAUAAAAUUAGUUGUAGCGCAGAGAGGUGGAAAAGCAGAAAAAAUCGACGUAUGUAUUGCACAGGUGUGUGCUAGAGGAACACUUGCUGUUUUUGCUUGCAAAAUUCCCCUUUGACCGGAAGCUGUUGAUGCCAUCAAAGGAAAGUAGUUGAACAUUUACCAAGCGGGUUGACCCGGGAGCCCUUUUAACGGCCUGCCGCUAUCUUGCUGCUCCCCGUCUGGUUCGUCGUGUGUGCCGACUAAUAAUCUAAUCAUGAUAUGUGUGUAUGCGUAACCGUUGACCCCGGAGUAUAAGCGAACUGCUGACAGAGGAAUUCAACAGAAACAGCGAAUGCUUCCUCGAUAUGCCUCUUUUUUCAACACCCAGGCAUUCCCGAACGUGUUAUCAGACGUGUAGUAACCACGAAACGACAAUGACGACGUUCGUUGUCUGCAUCAUCGAUGAGUAUUAACUAAACAGUAUCGGAUUACUGAGCAACUAGAGAAGGCGAGUAAUAGCGACGUGCGUGCGUUUGUGUUCAUAUCUAUGAAGACUGUGGUUCUGCUUAGAACGAUCGAAUUCACAAAUAAUCUGUUGUGUUCAAUUUGUUGUCACGCAUCAACUAAGUUUCAAGUGCUCCGCUAGAAACCUACUUUAGCAGCGAAAGUGAACCGACUAACAUUCCCUCGGUAGGUUUGACCGUAGGUACUCAAUCAUGUUAAAAUCAUGCCGACAACAAUGAUUACCGUUGUUGAGUGUUUAGCAAUUGGAAUUCUAAUAUUUUGGUGCGGCAAAUGGAUUGUUCAUGCUAUGGCCAUCAUUCAUGGAAAGCUGAAAUUGCACAAAAAAAUUACGUCUGCUAAUCAACCACGCGAGGUUCCUUAUCCUUCGGUGUCGAUUCUGAAACCACUAAUGGGUGUUGAUCCGAAUUUGACCAGUAACUUGGAGACGUUUUUCCUCAUGGACUACCCGACGUACGAGCUGCUUUUUUGUAUAGAAUCUUCGGAUGAUCCGGCUAUCGACGUUGUUAAUAGGUUGCGAGAAAAGUAUCCCAACAUCGAAACAUCACUACUGUUGGGUGGCUCAAACGUUGGAGUAAACCCGAAAGUGAACAACUUAGCACCAGGCUAUCAGGUGGCCAAGUACGAGCUGGUAAUGAUUUCCGAUGCCGGCAUUCGUAUGAAAAGUGAUACAUUAACGGACAUGGUCAAUCAUAUGACCGAACGAGUAGGAUUAGUUCAUCAAAUGCCAUUUGUUUGCGACAGGGAAGGAUUUGCGGCUGCCUUCGAGAAGAUUUACUUUGGAACGGUUCAGUCAAGGAUAUAUCUUUGCGCGGAUUUACUUGGCAUUAUCUGCCACACUGGAAUGUCCUGCCUUAUGCGGAAAGAUGUUCUCGACGAGCUAGGAGGAAUCCAAGCAUUCGGUUGCUAUCUGGCGGAGGAUUUCUUCCUAGCCAAAGCUUUCAGUGACGCCGGAUGGAAGCUCACCAUCAGUAGUCAGCCCGCCUGGCAGAACUCGGGCAUUUGUGAUAUUAGCAGCUUUCAGGCGCGGCUUACUCGCUGGGCCAAGCUGCGAGUGGCGAUGGUUCCUACGACCAUUUUGCUCGAACCGCUUUCCGAGUGCAUCAUCGUCGGAAUGUUUGCCUGUUGGGCAGCGAAGAUUCUACUGCGAUGGAAUCCUCUGGUGUUCUUUCUCAUACACACGUUGUUCUGGUUCCUUUCCGAUUGGGUUCUACUUUCAAUCAUUCAGAACGGAUCUCUUCCGUUCAAUAAAUUUACCUUCUUAAUCGGUUGGGCCUUCCGAGAGCUGAGUGGGCCGUACCUCUUUUUCAACGCCUUGUGGAAUCCGGCCAUCAGAUGGAGAACCAGAGUCUACAAACUAGCUUGGGGUGGAGUGGCAUACGAGCUGACAUCCCAGAUUAAAUCGUAGCUUAGCAUCGGCACUAAGAAGAACGCAAUCAUCGUACUCUCCCAUCUCACCUCCCCUGUCCCACAUUCAUCUGUUGUUGUCUCUUUUGUAUAAAGUUCAUCCAAAACGCCUCGUAUGUAUAUUUUUGAAACUUUUACUAGAAAAGUUUGUUUUAGAAUAAUAAACGAGGAUAAUUCGAAGCUGUUAAUCUGUUCCCUCUCCCCAAGCUCGCAUCCAUUUGUUUGUAAAUAUUUAUUGACCAGUAAACCAGAACAAAAUGCAACUUCGGCUAAACAAAACCAUUAAGCCUGCUCUUGCUCUUCUCUAAUGCCUACAUUCUAGUAGUACACAGGAGAUCGAUGCAAUAUCAAAGUGAAAAUCGAUAACUCACGACUAAUAAAGAGCGUACUAGUGAUA